UCUCGAGUCUCCAGCAACUUUGGCCCAGAUGCUCCUUGGCCAGUCCUUGGCUUGCCUCCUGAUCUCAGCUUGAGUGGACCAGGGUAGAAGACCGAGAACUUGUAGCUUAGCUAUUCUUGAAGUAGAAUCAUUAGCCCAAGAAACAUUAUAUUCAUUUUCACAAUAUGUCCCAAAAGGAUCCAUGCCAGAAACAAGCCUGUGAAAUCCAGAAGUGUUUACAAGCCAACAACUACAUGGAAACAAAGUGUCAGGCUGCCAUCCAACAACUACGCAAGUGCUGUGCCCAGUAUCCCAAGGGAACAUCCCUUGUCUGUUCAGGAUUUGAGAAAGAGCAAGAGGAAAACCAGGCACAAAAGUCUGAAUCGAAGUAAAGUUCUGUUGAGCAGUUACAUGCUGUCAAGCUUCCCCCAAGCAUGCUUUGUUUCUGUUCCAGGCCAGGUAGCAGCAAAGAGCAAAUGAGGUUUAAU